AUGGGCGUCGGGCUCGCCGCGUCGCGCCGAUCGACGCCCGCGCGCGGCGACGCGUGGAUAUUCGGAACGACGCGUCGCCACCGCCAGCGGCAUCGACGACGCGAUGGCGACGCGCGCGUGCGUGGACGCGCCCUGGGAGACGAUGCGCGAUCGAAAGCGUCGGGAAAGACGACGAGCGGACCGCCGAGGCGAGACAGUGGGAUCGCGGACGAGUGGGAGGCGUUCGAGGAGGAGGACGGGAGGGACGAGGCGGAGACGGGCGAGUCGAGCGAGACGACGACGGAUGAUGAGAGUGGCAUGCGAACGACGAAGAAGAGAGGAGUGGAGACGGGUGAGGGUGGAUAUCGAUCGAGAUGGUGGAAAACGAAGCGGGAGUGUCCGGACGGGCGAAGCGGGUCGAGCGAGACGCGAUGGGCGAAGAGCGACUUUAGCGGAUACAAGGAGCUCGGAUUCGAGAAGAGCGGGUUUAACGAGACCGGGGAGACGUGGUGGGAGACGUGGCGGGAGAUUUACAGUCGAGAUGAUUACACCGGGCUCGAACGCAUCGAGCGGAGUGCGGAUAAGUGGGCGCGAGACGCCCAGAGCAAGGAGUGGCAAGAAAAGUGGUGGGAAAGAUACUACGCCAACGGAGCCGUCGAGCGCGGGUUGGAGAAGAGCGGACGCGAGGUGCGACAGGCUUGGUGGGAGAAGUGGGGAGAACAGUACGACGGCGAGGGUGCGACGCUGAAAUGGAGCGAUAAGUGGGCGGAGGGCUCGGGGACGCGUUGGGGCGACAAGUGGGAGGAGCGCCGCAGCAAAUUUGGAAGUGGGCGCAAGAGCGGAGAGACUUGGCGCGUCGGUCAAGACGGCGAGCGCUUCAGUAGGACGUGGGGCGAGGUCAUUUCUCCGGACGGAAGCGUUCGAAAGUUUGGAACGAGCACCACGGGGGAGAGUUGGGACACCACCGUGAAGGAGAACGUCUACUUUGACAAGAAUAAGCCGCCGACGUGGGAAGACGUGCUGCGAUCGAGCGAACGACUGAUGGCGAUCAAAAACACGGCUCCGGAAGAGAACGGAGAGCACGAUUGGACGUUUCCCGAAACGUAA